AUGUCGGUGUCCGUAAAGUCCAGACAGUCUUCUCCUGAUCGACCAGAAAGUCGCAGGAUGAAGAAACGGAGUCAUUCUCCAGUCAAAUACACAGUAGCAGAGCUACCUCAGUUAAGAGAGAGGACACCUAUAAAAGAAAACAGUAGCCUGCAAGUGCACCCAGCUUAUAAUGAUUUAAUACCAGAUGAGCUCCUUGCAACUCUCGCAUCCACUAGAUGUCCUCAAGACAGACUCGGACCCCCCAAAUUAACCAAAACUCCUAAGGACUUCAAGGUUUGUUUACUACACCGGCCUGAUCCAUUGUGGCACCAUUCAUCCAUUCGCAAGAAAUACCAAUACUUUCUCAACCAACCGACCUCUUUAACUGGAGCUGGAAGGGACAUUUCCUUUCUAUGUGAUGCCUUGGUAUCUCAGAGGGAUCGGAUGCCUCUACCACCAGUGUCUGAACGAGGGUCUGUUCAACUUCAAGGAGAUCAUAAAGAUAUGAGUUCACUGGACACCUUAAUCCCUGAAGAAUAUCACAUCAUAAAAAACAAAGGUCUGAAGGGAUUGCAGUGUUAUGAUGACAAAUUCACAGUUCUUUUAGAAGAUGAGAAAAAGAACCUAAGAAUCUUUCCAUCAAUGAAGCCAAGUGGUCGACUUGAGGUGAUACAGCUAAUGAAGGUGAUGGACGACAUGCUGGAAAAAGCAGGUGUCAAUCAAGAAUUUCAAGAGCUAACCGAAAUCUCACAGAUGGAAAAUUUACUGGAGCUGGUCAGAACCGAGCAGAGCAUCUACAACAUAGUGUUCCACGAGCUAAUCCGACAAGUUAGCGUCGAAUGUGCCGAAAGGGGUCAGCUUCUCGCCAACCUCAGGCAGAGGUAUGUGGCACUACUCGACCGAAUCCCUCGGCAGGUGAAGGGCCUGCACACAGAAACCUUAGCGCAGAGGGCGCUAGACCGGCGACUCACAGAAGAGAUCAUUCACUUCAAAAGCUCCAUUGCAAAGCUUAAUACGCAACUGAGUAUGAUUAAAGAAAACGAUGAGUGUGUGUCCAAAGAGGCGGAAGAAGCCAAAGAGGAGCUUGCUAAGGCUCUGGAGCAAUCACAGUGCAACGCAGAUAUUGUAGCAGAGUACCAUGAUCUUUAUGAGUUGCAGCGGAGGAGACUCGAGGGACAAAUGUCCCAGCUGUCCGAUGAGAGGGACCUUUGGAGAAAAGCCGCCUACAGUCUUUCCGUCAAGAUAAUAAAGAUAAAUCAACUUCAGCUUGUCAGAAGGCUAAAUAUUAGCGAGCAGACCUGGGCCAAGAUUGCCGAUCACUUCAUUGUCUUUCUAACAGCGAAGGAUUCUGAGGAUGUAUCCCACAUCUUGGAGUUGACUGACCAAUGGAAAGAAAAACUAGCGACCUUCAUGGAGAACCUUAGAAAGGCUGAAAACAAUCAAUGCGAGACCAUUAAAUCGUUCCAUGCUAACAUUAUCAAGUGGCACAAGUUCUGUGAAGAUAAGAUAAGGAACCCUAAUUGGAAAGUUGACAAGUCUUCAGAAGAGGAGCUGUCUCAUGACCUGAAGAAAUGGUCAACGGUGUUGAUGGAGCAGUGUGAGCAUUACGGAGGGGAGGACCUAGUGUCUGCUCAGAAAACACUUGAAAUGCUAACAGAUCUACAAGAGUCCUGGAUUGAGGUUUGUCUUCAGCUCUUUAGGAGACACCCUACUUCAGACGGAGGGCCACCCAGAGGUCAGGAGUCCAUGAGGGAACUGGCAAAGUCCAUCACUGAGCUCCACAAGCAACUGGGAAUCCGUAUCAAUGGAGAAAAUGGGAUCCAUACAACACUAAUGUUGCUUAUUGCAAAUAUGGAGCUCUGGUCCGGAAGACUAAAGUCCAUGAGUGGACUGCCAGAAGGGCAUCCCUCUGAUGACUGGAUCAAGUUGAAGGAAGCUCUAUGUAGCUUGAUAAAUCUGUCUGAGGAGGCUCUACUGCUAGUGGAUUACACACAGUCAGAACGUGAGAGAGCCAAGAAAAUACCCCACACCAGGAUUGAAAUCAAUGAUGUCUUCAAGACAAUGAAGCAAUUCCUGUUCUCACAAGAAAACUUUUUCGACUGUGAAAAUAUGAGGCUUCGUGGAGAGGUUAGUUCUAUUCACACUCAGCUGAUUCACUGGAUGGUAGACCUUCUGCUACUAAUGGUUCCAGUACAUUCGGAUGACCAGGAAGCUGCAUCUCAUUCCAUGCCUGAACUGAACAUCAUAGUGGAUGUGUCUGUUGAGAAGUUAGAGGAAGAUGCUAGGAACCUCUCUGUAAAACUGGACAACUUUUCCAGAUAUAUCAUAAGCUCUUGUCAGGCCAUUGUGGAGGAGGCAAUCUGGAAGAGUUCCACUCAGAAUGACACUGAGAAUGAGCUGUAUCACCUUGCUAAGCUUCAGAAGGAGUGUGGUGAAUGGACGGACGCCUGUCGGAUACUACUGUCAUAUGUGAAGGGAGGCCCUGUGGAGCUGAAACUAUCUGGAAAAAUGGUGCCACAGUCUAUUAGUGACGUCCCAUUAGAGGACAGCAGCAUUGAAUCUCUGAUAGAGGAACAACCAGAGCUACCUAUUCAACAAAAGGAGGAUGAAGAACAACUGUUGGAAAUAGAACACGGGGAAGACCAGGUUGUAGAAGCUAGCAGGGAUAAGGAAGAAGGUUCGGUCCUCAAGUUCAUAGGCCAUGAUGGCAAUAUCACUGAGCAGAUGUUGGGAGAGGACACAGUCCAGCUCACAGGGACUGAAGAAUUUGUUGUAUCUCCUCACACUGAGAAUGCCCAAGAGGCCUUCAGUGCUUUAGAAACAGUCAGAACGCUUCAGCAAGAACUUCUAGAGGUUGAGGCUCGUGCGAUCAGUGCAGAGAUACAGGCUUUAAAGGCUGAGGAAGACUUGCAGGCAGCUUUAGACAAGAUCAAAGAUCUGGAGAGGCAGCUACAGGCUCGACCCAGUGUGGAAACCGAGGUGAGCAAGAAGAAUGAUACAGCAGCACCCAAGACUCCAGGCACCUCUGUUGGAACUUCUGAAGCCAAAUCGCAAAGUGAGAAACCAGAAUCCAGUCACAAAGUCACAAAGGGCAACAAGAAACGCUAAAGAAAAAAUGCACGAUACUGAGCUCAACAGAGCAAAAUAAUAAAGUAUUUAAUAGACA